AUGACUGCUAUCGGGCUAGGAUUUAAGGACCCUUCUUUAUAUGAGUUGAGAGGAAAUUUGUUAAAGAUGACUGUGAAUGAGGUUCAAGAUUAUUUGCAACAAAUUAAGAAGGUUUGGAAUGACACCGGUUGUACACUAAUGGCAGAUGGUUGGACAAAUCAGAAGCAACAAUCAAUAAUCAACUUUUUAGUUUAUUGUCCAAAAGGUACAAUGUUCUUGAAGUCUGUUGAUACAUCUGGCCUUAGAAAAGAUGCUGAAACAUUGUUUAAUAUCUUUGAUGAGGUUGUUCAAGAAAUUGGAGUUGAGAAUCUUGUGCAGUUCAUAACGGACAAUGAUGCAAGUUAUAAAGCUGCAGGAAAAAAGUUACAGCAGAAGUAUGGCUCUUUCUACUGGUCCCCUUGUGCAGCUCAUUGCAUAGACUUGAUGUUGGAGAAUUUUUCUGAUCCAAGAUAUUUUCCCCUUAUUGAUGAUACUAUAAAAAAGGCAAAAAAGAUAACAAAGUUCAUCUAUAACCAUGGUUGGGUUUUGGCAUUGAUGAGACAAGAGUUCACCAAAGGUCAUGAUUUGUGUCGUCCUGCAAUUACAAGUGAGCCUUUGGUUCGUGUUCUACGACUUGUUGACGGGGAUGAGAAGCCUGCAAUGGGAUACUUGUAUGAUGCAAUGGAAAGAGCCAAAGAGAAUAUAAAAGCAAGAUGUAAUAACAAAAUGGCACUUGAUCCUGAUGAUCAAGACAAGAUCAUUAAAGAACUUGACUCGUAUAAUAAUGCAGUAGGUGAGUUUGGACAUGCUUUAGCAAUCCGCCAGCGUGAUAAGCUUAAUCCAGUUGCAUGGUGGACCCAAUUUGGUUGCGAGGUUCCAACACUUCAAAGGUUUGCUGUUCGAGUACUAAGUCAAUGUUGUAGUGCAACUGGAUGUGAGAGAAACUGGAGUACAUUUGAUUUUAUUCAUUCGAAGAAGAGAAAUAGAUUAGUACAUAAACGUUUGAAUGACUUAGUAUUUGUUCGUUAUAACUUGAAGCUGCGAGAGAGGAGCAUAAAAAAGGGAAGAGAUGCUUUAAAUCCAAUCAAUCUUGAAAAUAUUGACUUGAUGGAAGAAUGGGUGAGUGAAGAAUCUGAGCUUCUUGAUGGAGAAGAUUGGGAUUGGGCAAGUAUUGAGGAGCCAUUAAUCUCACUAAAUGAGGAAGACGUUGAUAAUUAUGAUAAUUGGGUGGAUGGGGGUCCUAUUGGUGGUCAUUUUCUGGUUCUUGAGAGACCUUUGCUUAGAGUCAAAGAGUGUCGGCUUGAUAAUGGGUGUGAUACUUCUCUCUUGGAAAGAUUAGCGGGUCAACAAAAAGCCCAAGAAUUGUUUCAGUUCUUGGCUACUAGGAAGGAUGGACAGGAUAUCCUUAUUUGGAUGAGGGAAAACAAUGGAAAUUUUAAUACGAAGAAUGCUUGGGACUGUAUCCAUGUGAGAGCUCCUUCGUCACCUUGGGGGCCAUAUGAAAGAUUUAAAUCACGUACUCUGUACUGGUGA